AAACCUCUGAAUUUCAAAUCCCUCUUUCUUUCUUCUCAAUCCACCGCCCCUCUUCAAAAUUUUGUCUUUUUUUCGUUAUAUUCACACCCCCUUUAACCCUAAUUAGCGUCUCUUAAUUACUCUUUCAGUUCCUUAACAACAGUAGCACAACAAAUGGAGGGCCUUUGUUGCUGAGGUGAUUUGUGGCUUACAUUAGCUUCUUCGUUGAACGAAGCUAAUUUCAAGUUCACCUGAUCAUCAAAUAUGGUUGGCGGCCCUUUAGGCCGGAAAUGUAAAACGAACGUCUCCAUCUGCAGUAAAGUUGAGGAAAAGCAGUUAGAAGCCCCAGUUCCUACUUCAGUGUCAUCUGUUCGGAGAUCUCCUGUUUUAUCUAGCAAGAAGGACACCACCCAAAUUCUAAAGAAGAAUUCAUCACUUGCUUUUAGCACAAAAGUUUUGUGUGGAAAAGAAACAGAGAGCACACGGGAGUUGAGGAGCGCAGAGACAAGAAAUAGAAGUUCAUUUUCCGCACCUACAAUUAGUUCUUCUGGAAAAACUAAUACAGAAAAGCAAAACAAUCAUACAGUCCAAGUCCCGCAAAUGAAGACAAGGUUAAAAAAAGGUUCGGAAUCAGAAGCAAUUAAGACAAGCCAAGUGAAAGAUACUCCUGCUCCUAGAAAACCACCCUUGCCUCCUGUAGCUAAGAAAAUCAAGAAGAUUUCAGCGGCCGCGCCUCAAGUCCUACAGGAAAUAACGCCAAUCCAGACUUCUAUCCAUCAAUCACAACCAACACCUAAACAUACAAAGAGCUCUGAACUUCAGAAGACUUCAUCUAAGACCCAGCUUUCGUGUCAAAAGACCCAGGGCGAAACUCUUGUCCAUCAGUCCAAAUUUCAAAAGGCUCCAACUUCAGACCUUUCACAAAAAAUGACCCUCAACCAGAAUUCAGUAGGAAAGAGAAGGAUCCCUACUUCCAUCAGGCAGUCUAAAUCGUCCACAAGUACCAAGGAGCCUUUAAGAAUUCAUGAAGAGCCUGUCUAUCAUAUUAUAUGGGAAGGUCCGGAUGAAACAUUUGAAUCUUCUGGAAUCACGUGCCCACUAUGCGAAAAUGAUCUGUUGUACAUGCCUGAUCAAUAUGUAGACGGAUAUUAUGAUGAUGUUGAGCCUUCGGUUCUCCCAAUUGUUGCUAUUCUGCCGUGUGGUCAUUCUUUUCACAGCGUAUGCUUGGAUGGCAUUGCCCCUGAAGAAAACUCAGCCGCUCUAGUAGAUACUACGAGCCCUUUGUCCCACGCAUCUAACCAGCUCGGCGGGUCAACGUUUCUGGCGAAAGCUCUCAUUUCAUGAAGCAUUGGAUGUGUUUGAAAGCCUCGAGAUGACUUGUAGAAUAAAGUCCUUCAAUUUCAGCUGCUCAUUUUAGUUCAAUUUAUUUUUGUCAAUUUAGAAAUAGCAAUAUAUUGAGGCCAAUUUCUCAAGAUUAUUUCCAGGAUUUUACAUGCUUAUAAAAGUUUUCAGAGCUUCAGUUU